UCUGAAAAAUGGCGGUUGAUUUAUCUGCGGUGUUUACUGUUUAUUGUCGUCUCCGGUGCUGUGAGAACGCUUGAUUCCGCUGAACAUUUUCGGUUUGUUUUAAAAGUUCAGUGUUCGUGGUGGAUACAAUAAAUAACUAUGGAUGUUGCCGAUGCUCACGUAGGACAACUUCGAGUUAAAGAUGAAGUUGGGAUACGAUGCCAGAAAUUGUUCCAAGAUUUCCUGGAGGAAUUCAAGGAAGAUGGUGAGAUUAAAUAUCUGAAAGCAGCGGCAGAGCUAGUUAAUCCGGAUCGUUGCACGCUUGAAGUGAGCUUCGAGGAUAUUGAAAAAUACAAUCAGAAUCUCCUUACAACAAUCAUCGAGGAGUAUUAUAGGACCUUCCCGUUCUUAUGCCAAGCUGUGUCAAAUUUCGUGAAGGACAGAACAGAGCUCAAGAAGGAAAAGGAAUGCUUCGUUUCGUUCGUAGACGUUCCAACGCGACACAAUGUACGUGAAUUGAAGACGUCUAAAAUAGGAACAUUGGUUCGUAUUUCGGGCCAGGUUGUACGCACACAUCCGGUCCACCCGGAGCUGGUGACUGGAACUUUUGUAUGCUUAGAUUGUCAAACCGAGAUCCGUGACGUUGAGCAGCAGUUUAAGUUCACACUUCCAACCAUUUGUCGUAACCCUGUUUGUGCAAAUCGACGUCGUUUCAUGUUGGAAGUAGAUAAAUCACAAUUCAUCGAUUUCCAAAAGGUUCGCAUUCAGGAAACACAAGCUGAGCUUCCCAGGGGUUGCAUUCCACGUUCGGUAGAAGUUAUUUUACGCGCGGAAAUUGUGGAAACUGUACAGGCAGGGGAUCGUUAUGAUUUCACGGGUACGCUUAUUGUCGUUCCUGAUGUGGGCGCUCUGCAGAUGCCAGGAGCGAAAGCUGAACUUGGUUCACAUCAUAAGCAGGGAGACAACGUGGCUGAAGGUGUGCGUGGUUUGAAGGCACUUGGUGUUCGAGAUUUGAAUUACAAAAUGGCCUUUUUGGCCUGUUCAGUGCAAGUCACUUCUUCCCGGUUCGGCGGAACGGAUAUGCCCAUGAGUGAAGUGACUGCUGAGGAUAUGAAGAAGCACAUGACUGAUGCUGAAUGGAAUAAAGUCUACGAAAUGUCUCGUGAUCCGAAGAUCUAUCCGAACUUGAUGAACAGUCUGUUUCCGUCCAUUUAUGGUAACGAAGAAGUUAAGCGUGGUAUUCUGCUGAUGCUGUUUGGAGGCGUUGCAAAAACUACGCACGAAAAAACGACUUUACGUGGCGAUAUCAACUGCUGCAUUGUAGGAGAUCCAAGUACAGCAAAGUCACAGUUCCUCAAGCAAGUGGCAGAUUUCUCGCCUCGAGCUGUUUACACCUCGGGAAAAGCAUCAUCUGCAGCUGGUUUAACAGCUGCUGUCGUGAAGGACGAGGAGAGCUAUGAUUUUGUCAUCGAAGCCGGAGCACUUAUGUUAGCAGACAACGGAAUUUGCUGUAUCGACGAGUUUGACAAAAUGGAUCCCCAUGAUCAGGUAGCUAUCCACGAAGCUAUGGAGCAGCAGACUAUUUCGAUUGCGAAAGCUGGAGUGCGCGCUACUCUGAAUGCUAGGACAUCAAUCUUGGCAGCGGCGAAUCCAAUCGGUGGCAGAUACGAUCGUUCGAAGUCCCUGCAGCAAAACAUUCAACUAACGGCUCCUAUCAUGUCUCGCUUUGAUUUGUUUUUCAUUCUGGUAGAUGAAUGUAACGAGGUUGUAGAUUAUUCGAUUGCCAGGAAAAUUGUUGACUUACAUUCCCAUAUUGAGGACCGCGUUGACCAAGCCUACACCAGAGAAGAUGUGCUUCGUUACAUUAUGUUUGCUCGACAAUUCAAGCCUAUCAUCACAGGCGAAGCGCUGGAACUGCUUGUGGAAAAUUAUGGCCAUUUGCGACAACGUGACACAGGAACCUCCGGGAAGAGCACCUGGAGAAUCACAGUCCGUCAGCUGGAAAGUAUGAUCCGAUUGAGUGAAGCGAUGGCGAAACUGGAGUGUUGCGAAGAAGUUACCGAAAAGCAUGUCAGAGAAGCUUACCGUUUACUAAACAAAUCCAUCAUUCGUGUGGAGCAGCCAGAUAUUCAUCUCGAUGACGAAGAAGAUGCAGAUCUUGCGAUGGCAUUGGACGCAGACGAAGUGUCCCAGCAUCAGAAUGGUCAUCAUACCGAAACUGACCUUGAUAAUGAUACUGAUGGUCCGAAGAAAAAGUUGACGCUUUCAUUCGAGGAGUAUCGCAACCUAUCGAAUAUGUUGGUUCUUCAUAUGCGUGGCGAAGAAACGCGCUUCGAAUCAGAGGAGUCACAGUCAGAAGGUGUCAGAAAGUCCGAACUAAUAAACUGGUAUCUUGAGCAAGUAGCUGAACAGAUUGAAAGUGAGGAAGAGCUGCUCGAGAGGAAAACUUUGGUUGAGAAAGUUACGGACCGAUUGAUCUAUCAUGAUCAAGUUCUUAUACCGUUGAAAACAUCCAACCUUGGGGACAAGGAAUCACAAGACGAAGAUCCACUACUGGUGGUACAUCCAAACUAUAUCGUUGAGACAUAAUUCCACGUCAUGUACUUCUGUUAUGAAUACGUUAAUUUUAGGAUUAAGUUUUGUUUUAACACAUUUUUAAUAAACGAAGAAAACC